ACCCACUGAGACUCCUCUGCAAACCUCAUCAUGGACCAGCACAGUCCUGCCAACUGGUACUCCUGGCCUCUGGCCCCCUGCUGUGGACUUCUGUGAUCUGCUAUACUGUGAUAAGGUGUACUGCUGCCCUUCAUCAACAGAGGGCACCACUAACUCAAACAUCACCAUCUCUAAAUCAACAGAAAUACCUGUUAUGAAAGAAAAAAACAUAGAAGAUUUUUAUGGACAGCUGAAAAAUGCUGGAGACUGGACGAACACCACUAUCCAUUCUAUCAUGAUCAAAGAAAGCCAACUGGUGAUUGACAGAAAAUACUGUCUAAGAGACGAAUGUGGCCCUGGUCGAUACAUCUUCAGAGUUCCUGUCAGUGAGUUUGUUCCUGUCAACAUGAAAGUAACCCUGCUCAUGAACUCUACAGAGGAGUUGGUAGUCCAUCUGUGCAGUUUUGAUGAGUCCACAGUCUGUUCUGCUCAGGUCGAUAUCAGCACUGUGUCUGACAGCAGAUACCCAUCAAAUACACAGGGGGAACAUGAAUGGCCUCUUCAUGUGGCUCACCUUUAUCAAAGCUGGUAUCACUUCCGCUCAACAGUGGCUGGUCAAGCAGACUGCAGUACCAACUAUCAGUACGCGGGGGCGCUCUUCACAGAUUACCACUUCUACUUCUACAGACACUGCACGGAAUUAUAGAAACACAAUUACAGACAAAUUAUAAAAACAUGUUUAUGGAAUAUUUGCUUUAUUUCUGCAAAGACGACAAUUAGAGAAAUCCAAGCAUGCUCUAAUCACUUAUGCAAGUUUUUAUGUUUGGUUGUUUUGUUUUGGGGUUUUUGCGGGGGGGGGGGGUAGGUUUGUUAUUCUAGAAAAAUGGCUGGUUAAUUUAAAAAACAAAUGACAAGUUGAAAACGUUUACUUUGACGUUGUGUUAUUUAAUGUAUUUUACUCAUAUCAUUGUUUUAUGAUAAGUUUUACACAGACUGGCAAAAAUGGAAAUGCCAAAAAUAAAAAAGAAUUACAACAACCCAUCUUCCAAUCAGAGAGGGGGGGUUGGAGAGGGGAUUUAUUGUGACUGCAGUUCAGACAGGAUAAGUGUCGGCGCACAUGUGAGGAUCAUCGAGAUUUAAAAAAAGUAUGAAAGUACAUUUCUGCCACGUGAAAAUGUGUUUUCUAUAUGCAUUUUUAAAUUGUCUAUUUUUCUGCCUUUUCUCAAAUAUUUGUUUUUGGUUUUCUUUGAUAUGGACAGUUUUACCUCGUGUCUGUAAAGCUGUUAAAAUGUAGAUAGAUGUAAAAAUCCUUAUAUACACACUGCUUAAAAAAUAAAGGCAACACAAAAAUAA